UCCCUAACGGUAUCCCGGAUCUUCUUCGGCGCUCCCGGCGCCCGGAAGGAGAUAGCGCUGUGGGAGGACAGACGGAUGGGCGAGUCACGGAAGUGGCUGAAGGGGACAAGCCAAUCACAGCGCUGCCCCCUCGCGCUCGCCGGAGAAAGCCCGGUAGGAGGGUACAGCCGCCUCAGCCGGCGUGCGUCAGGGGUGCCCAUGCGCAGUGGGUGCACGGGAGGUUCUCUCACUGCUGCCAGUGCUGGAAGGGACCUGUGGAGGUCUGAGUUUUUGUGGUAUGGUGAAGGUACAGGGUAGGGGCAGCCGCGGCAAGGCAAGCAAAGGAUGAGCAGAAACCACUUGCUUCUGGAGUCAAGAUUUUCUUGAUAAAGCCUUCAGCCUUCUUCGAAAUUCAAAUGUACAGAAAAGCUGAGGGAAGAAGAUGUUGCAAGAUAACCUUAUCAUUGGCUACUGAUUGGGAAAGAGAACUGAAUUUCUUUUGAAGUAUUUGGAGGUCUGAGUCAUGGGACUUAGAGCCCUUGAAUACUAGAACUAUUUGGAUCUGUAUUGUGCCUGCUCUGCUUGUGACUGGGGCCUGAGUGUGCUUCCUUCUGCAGCAGCCCAGGGAUAUACCCUGCUCAGGUUGUGCCAGCAACAGGAAGAACAACCCCUCUGCAGCCUUCACAGCUCCUGCAAGCUGAGACACCAAGACCAGAAAUAUACCCUUCUGACAAAAUCUUGAUUUUUAAAGAGGACCCAGUAUUUGGAAUGAGAAUAUUGUGAUCAUGAGUCAACAGGGUUAUGUUGCAGCUCCUUCAUAUUCCCAAUCCCAGACAGGAAUAGGAGGCUUUUCUUCAGGUUUUGGACCACCUAAUUCUUCACUUCAUUAUGGGCAUUAUGGGGACCCUAACUCCUCCUGCUCAGCACCUCAACCAGGUGUGCCAAAAUCAACUGUGCCUUUUGGAUCCUCAGCUUCUGUUGGGUCUCCACCACCUGGUACACAUCAAUUCAGCCAGACCAGCUUUCAGAAUGGGCCCAGUACACCAGGGCAACAAUUACAUAGGUUUCAAGGCCCUCCACCUCCAUGCAACUCAAGACUUUCCUAUACUCCCUACAGUCAUCAGUCACAACCAGCCUACCCAAAUACGACAUCCACUUCAUCUACAACACAACUUGCUAACAAGCUCGACAGUAUGCAGAUAAAUAGCUACGGUCCUGGUGCUACUCCAAGCCUUACGUCUUCUGGGCAUCCAGCAUCUUUUCAGGGUCAACUAUCACCUCCACCAGCCCAGCAGCAAGUUGCUUUACCACCUGGAUCACAGGUUCCUCCACCAGCAAAUAAUCUUAAUGGCCUUUGUGCUCAACCAUCGUUGCCUCCUAUAGCCAGACAAGAUGGAAUCCCUGGACCUGUCUCCCCAAAUCCUAACUUGCAGCAGCUUUCAGCACAGGCUUCAGGACCUGGAUAUCAUCCUCAGCAAUCAAACUGUGGUCCUCAGAUGGCAGGGUCUCAACUGUCUUAUCCUGGUGCUUUUUCUGGGGGUCCAGCACAUCUCUCAGGCCCACAGCAGAAGAAGCUUGAUCCUGACUCUAUUCCCAGCCCAAUUCAAGUAAUUGAAAAUGAUAAGGCUUCUAGAGGAGGGCAGAUCUAUGCUACAAACGCAAGAGGACAGGUUCCUCCUCUUGUCACCACAGACUGCGUAAUCCAUGACCAAGGCCAUGCCAGCCCUCGUUACAUCCGAUGUACUACCUACUGCUUCCCGUUGUCUUCAGAUAUGGCCAAACAGGCUCGUAUUCCACUGGCAGCUGUCAUCCAACCAUUUGCUGUCAUUCCACCAAAUGAGACUCCUCUUUAUGUUGUAAACCAUGGUGAGACUGGACCAAUCCGAUGCAAUCGGUGCAAAGCUUAUAUGUGUCCCUUCAUGCAGUUUAUUGAAGGUGGAAGGAGAUACCAGUGUGGAUUUUGCAACUGUGUAAAUGAUGUCCCUCCAUUCUUCUUUCAACAUCUGGACCACACUGGCCAGCGGGUAGACCACUAUGAAAGGCCUGAGCUAUCUUUGGGAUCUUAUGAAUAUGUUGCUACUUUGGAUUAUUGCCGAAACAACAAGCCUCCAAAGCCACCAGCUUAUAUCUUCAUGAUUGAUGUAUCGUACAGGAACAUCAAGAGUGGUCUGGUUAAACUCAUAUGUGAUGAGCUGAAGACCCUUCUAGAUAAACUUCCAAGAGAAGAGCAAGAGGAGUCCUCAGCAAUUCAAGUUGGUUUUGUCACUUAUAACAAGGUCCUCCACUUCUUUAAUGUCAAAAGCAGCUUAGCUCAGCCUCAGAUGAUGGUGGUCUCUGAUGUCGGAGAAGUUUUUGUUCCUUUGCUGGAUGGUUUCCUUGUUAACUUCCAGGAUUCACGAUCUGUUGUUAUCAACUUGUUGGACCAGAUUCCAGAGAUGUUUGCAGACACUAAUGAGAGUGAGACCAUCUUUGCUCCUGUUAUCCAGGCUGGCAUGGAGGCACUAAAGGCUGCAGAAUGUGCUGGAAAAUUGUUUAUUUUUCAUUCUUCAUUGCCAACUGCGGAAGCACCAGGGAAGCUGAGGAACAGAGAUGACAAAAAAAUACUCAAUACAGAUAAAGAAAAGACACUCUUCCAGCCCCAAGUAAAUUCUUAUGAACCCUUAGCAAGGGAUUGUGUGGCCCAUGGCUGCUGCGUGAAUUUAUUCCUCUUCCCAAAUCAGUAUGUGGACAUAGCCUCCAUGGGUCUUGUCACACUGUACACUGGAGGAACACUGUACAAGUACAACAAUUUCCAGCUCGAUGCCGACAGCCCCCGGUUCUUAAGUGACCUCCGGAAGGACAUAGAAAAAAAGACCGGAUUUGAUGCAAUAAUGAGGGUUCGAACAAGUACAGGCUUCAGGGCUACAGACUUUUUUGGUGCCAUUUACAUGAACAACACCACAGAUGUAGAGAUGGCAGCAGUUGACUGUGACAAGGCAGUGACAGUAGAGUUCAAACAUGAUGACAAACUGAAUGAAGACAGUGGAGCCUUAAUUCAGUGUGCUGUCCUUUACACGUCCAUAAGUGGGCAAAGAAGACUUCUCAUACACAAUAUAGGUUUGAAUUGUAGCUCCCAGUUAGCGGAUGUCUACAAGAGCUGUGAGACAGAUGCACUUAUCAACUUCUUUGCUAAGUCAGCUUUUAAGGCCAUUCUAAGCCAACCGCUAAAGAUGGUCAGAGAGAUGCUGAUGAACCAUACAGCUCACAUGCUGGCGUGUUACAGGAAGAACUGUGCCAGCCCGUCAGCAGUAAGCCAGCUUGUUCUUCCAGAUGCAAUGAAGGUGCUCCCUGUGUACAUGAACUGCCUGUCCAAGAGCUGCGUGCUAGUUGGUAGGCCAGAAAUUCCAACCGACGAGCGAGCUUACUAUCGCCAGCUGGUCACUUCUAUGGGUGUAGCUGACACGCAGUUGUUUUUCUAUCCCCAACUUCUGCCAGUUAACAGCCUGGAUCUGAAGAGUGAUGCCAUCCCAGCUGCCCUCCGCUGCUCUGAGGAGCGUCUCUCGGAAGGAGGGGCCUUCCUUCUGACCAACGGUCUGAUUAUGUUCCUGUGGCUGGGAGUCAAUGUACCCCCAGAGCUCAUCCAGGGGCUUUUCAAUGUGCCAUCCUUUGCACACAUCAACGCGGAGGCUACAUCACUGCCUGACCUGGACAAUCCAUAUUCUAAGAAAUUUAAGUCAGUACUGAAGCAUAUCCAGAACCAAAAGCCCUAUGCUAUGAAGUUUAUGAUAGUGAAACAAAAGGAGCAACCAGAGAUGCUUUUCCAACAGUUCCUAGUAGAAGACAAGAGUAUUUAUGGAGGAGCAUCAUACGUGGAUUUCUUAUGCUGUGUUCACAAGGAGAUCUGCCAGCUGCUCCGUUAAGGAAACUUAAGUAUAAUGUGUAAGCUUCUUUUGGAUUUUGCAAGAGGGACAGGCCUUGCUGACUGAAAGCUGGCCCACAGCUCCACUGUCCCCAGGCAUCCUGCUGUGCUUUAGGGAAUCCUGCUUGUGCCUCUUUUGCACGGUCUCAUUUCACACAACCUCUCACUGAGUAUUUAGCUUACUUAGAAUAGGAAGUUCUCCACUCAGGUAUUAGUCUUUUGGGAGUCCUGACUCUUUCUGUAAGUGAGUUGCCAGAUAUCAAACUCAAUGCUUAAGAGCAUAUGGUAUGCAGUUAUUAAAAUGCAAUUAUUCCUUUUGAUAGUCUGAAGUUGUACUAGAGCCAGGAAAGAUGCUAGAAAUCUAUACAGAAGUGGAAAAAAAUAUAUACCUUUUCUGAGAGCAUUCAGCUGACAGAUUUGCAGUAAUCAUGUAAUUCAGUUUAAGUACUUCAGCGUCUUUCAUGUAAAGCUAAACCCUAAAAAAUAAUGCCCUUUUUUCUGGAAGAGAGCUCUGGGUAACCUUCCACAGUUGGGCUUGUCCAGAACCCAAAAAUGCUUCUGUUUAUAACUGGGCUUGAGUAAGUUUAACAGCAAUGGCCCACAGGAAUACCAAUGAUCAAACAAUCCUUUUGCUAAGUUUAGCAGAUAAUGCGACACUAACAUGGUACAAUUCUCUAGUCUUAAGGGCAACGAUUAAUUUAGCAUACUAUUUAAUUACAUUUUCAGAAUUGAACACGUUAGGUUUUAUUUGUAUGUUGCUAACUUAAAUAUUCCUAAUAGAGCUUAGAUAAGCAUCUGUCCCUCAAAAUCUCAGUGGCGGGUUAACUCUAAGAGAGUUGACACAUUACGCAAAGGUUACUUGUAGUGCUAUAAACAGAAAGCCUCUGGUUUAAUACCAGUUCUGUUACAGCAACCUCCACUCACAUGACUGAUGCAUUCAAAAGUCACCGCUUUGAAAAAUAAGCCUCUGCUAACAUCACUAUUUAAGGUAGAAUUUAGAAAGCUGGAGUCUUGGGAAGAGCUGUUUACCUCAUAUCUGAGGUAAACUCAUAUCUGAGUAUCCUUCAUCAGUCUAUAUAUAUCUUUAUGACCAAUGCCUCUGCAUGAGAGGUUUCAACUCUGCCAAACUUGAGAAGCUACAGCUACAAAAAUCAAAGAAAACAAAAAAAUUCUCAAAAGGCUUAGAUUUGGGCCUCAAAAAAAAAAAAAAAGAAAAAGUGCCUUUCAUCAUGUUGGCAUUGCUACUUAGUUUAAUCAUUUUAAUAUCCAAUGAGCAGUCAAGAUGCACAUUUUUUGAUUUGACAGCUUAUCAAUUUGACAGCUUAGAUGUAUUCUUGUGCAUCGUCUGCACAUUCUGAAAGUAAGUGGCUAUAUUACAAAGGGAUCCUUGGACUGAACUUAGCUGCCAAGGCAAGUACUUUUUAGCUAAAGAUGUUACCCUGUAAAAUGUAUCUGUUGCCAUUCUGAAUCAGUGUACUUUGUAUAAUGACACCAACAUCUCUCUCUGUAAAGAAAUAAACAAUUAUUAAAUAUUGUCAUCGUUCAGGAGUUUAAUAUUUCAGAUUCUACGUUAGGGUUUUUAUGCUAUCAGCUUCUGCCAAAAGGUGCUGCUGAGCACAGAAGACCUCAGAUCAAAUAACUGCAAUGUCAAGCAAAAGCAGAUCUGUCUCUGGAUUGCACAGUCAUUUGCUGUUCUUCAGUAAGUAGGAAGAUUUUACACAUAUUUUUCUGAGAUGUUAGGUAAAGUGAAGUGACAUCUGUCUGUUUUCUCCCAGAUUUGAGGUCUUCUGUGUUCAAUCAUAAGUCUUGCGCUAUUUUUGUACACUUUUUUCCCAGGGCACAUUUCUACCAGUUUCCAUUUCUGUAUUUCAUUUUUCUGUGGAAGGUCUCAUGUUUUUCAGCUGUUACCUGGAAAUCUGUGGUGCUUGAACUGACCACCCCUUAGGUUUGAAUUUUGGGACAGACUGCUCCUGUCAGAUAGCAGUUUGCCACCAGUGUGUUUUGUGUAGCCUUUUUUUGUAGUGCUGCGGUGUUUUGCUGCCACUUAAUAGAUUGGUAUGGCAAAUGACACUGAGAAUAAUCUCUGACAAAAAAUGGAGUAUUAAAAAAAAGCUGCUGAGUAA